ACCUGCCGGUCCAUCAGAUGAAAUUAUUGAUUCCGACAACGAAUUGUGUGUGCUGGCGAUGGAAGGCGCUGAAAAUAUCGGUUUUUGCGAAGGGCUUGAAAAUUAUAAACGGAGAAAUUCGAAGGAUGUAGGUCAGAUUAAGAGAGCCAGUUUAAAUUUAGUAGGAAAUGCGACUGGUUUUAUCAAUGUUGGAUCAUCUUUCAAUAAUAUUAUCACUUGGUAUUAUAAAAAAAACUUGGAAAUAUAUUCAAUCAUUCUAUCUUUCUCAGCUCAAUAAAAUCAGAACUAAUCGAAAUUUUAAAAUCAUCAUCACAACCACUCAAAUUCAAUCUUAAACUAGAAGCCACAUAUAACAAACCACAUGUAGAUAAUUCGUCCGUGAACAGAGCGUUCAAGACCUCUGCCAGGGCGAUUCUAGCGGAUACAGAUAUUGAAAAUGAAAUUAAUAAUAUGUUUAAAAAUAUAUUAUGCGAGGAAGAUAUAUACCAGGGCAAAGGCAAUGGGUUCACACUCGAAAAAAUCGACGGUGUAUCACUAGGCAUAUAUAAAUAUAUACCGAUAAGUGGCUCCUCGUAUCUACCUUUACCUACUUACAUAGAAAAUAAAAAAGCUACCAUUAACCCGCAAAACAACGACGAACAGUGUUUUAAAUGGGCUAUUCUAGCCAAACAUAUCACGGGAGAGAAAAAACGUAGAGUCAAUAAUAAUUAUUAUAUUCACGAAAACAAAUAUAAUUUCAAUGGCCUUACAUUUCCGACACCAUUAAGUGAAGUGAAAAUAUUCGAAAAAAAUAAUCCUAACGUAUCGGUUAACGUUUACGGAGUAUGAGGUAUGGAAAGGCAAAUAACAAGAAACCCGAUUUUAACCCGACAAACCCAAAAUCAUGGCUGAUGUAUCAAGAUUGUAAUAACUUAUAUGGCUGGGCAAUGUCACAGUACAUGCCAUAUGGUAGGUUUAAAUGGGUUGAACCAACGCUUGACGGUCUAUAUGAUUUAACUGACACCUCAAAUAUUGGCCGAAUUUUUGAAGUAGACAUAUCAUACCCGAAAGAACUCCAUGAUUUACAUAAUGACCUUUCUUUCCUUUCGAAUAACGUUAUACCAUCAGACUCAAAAAUAAAAAAGCUUAUGGUUACCCUUCAUCAUAAGAAAAAUUAUAUUAUACACUAUAAAAAUUUGCAACAGGCUAUAGAAAACGGAUUGGUAGUUGAAAAAGUACAUAAAGUUAUUGAGUUCAAUCAGUCGCUAUGGUUAGCAAAAUACAUAAGUCUGAACACCGAAAUGCGAAAGAAAGCUGUAAACGAGUUUGAGAAAGAUUUUUUUAAACUUUUAAACAAUGAAUUUUUCGGUAUGUUAUUAUUAUUAUUAUUAUUUUAUAGGGAAAACGAUGGAAAGCAUGAGAAAGAGAAUAAAAAUGGAACUUGUAUCUAGCGAACAACGUGUACAGAAAUUAAUAAACCAACCUACGUUUAAGUAUGCCACAUCGUAUAGUGAAAACAUGUGUUUAGUCUUAUUAGAAAAUAAAAUCAUUGAUUUUUACAAACCAAUCUAUAUAGGAUUCACAGUACUAGAUAUCUCAAAAACUUUAAUGUAUGAUUAUCACUAUAAUGUUAUGAAAGCACAUUACAAGAAGGCUCUACGUCUUAUGUUUACUGAUACAGAUAAAUUAUAAUUAUUAUUUUAUAUAUUGUUUAUUAAUAAAUAAUAUUGUUUCAGA